UUAUUUGAACGCCAAAAUCCUCAUAAGCGUUCGACUGUGAAAGAGCUAAUUUUCACGCUUCCGAGCGUCCUCUGAUCCUAUUUGAUACGAGGGACUUUUAUAAUUCUUUUUCUCUAUCUAUUCCUUCUUUUUAUCAUUCUUUACUUCCUCUUUGUUAAUUUUUUUUUAUUGUCUCUUUCAGUGCUGAGCCAGCAGUAUGAAGUAAAGGUGUACGACGAGUUCGUGAUUCGAGACAACACGGCUGUUCUCAAGUGCCACAUUCCAAAUUUCAUGAGAGACUACGUGACUGCGACUGCCUGGUUCCGAGAUGAUGGACUCGUCAUUCAUGCCGAUGGCACUCAAGGUGGUAAAUAUAGUGUAUUUCCAUCUGGAAAACUGCACAUAAGAGAAGUUAAACAACAAGAUGGAUUUCGAAAUUAUAGAUGUCAAACAAAGCACAGAUUAACCGGUGAAACCAAGCAGAGUUCAGCAGGAAAACUCAUUGUGACAGAAUCCCAUAGUACUGUGCCUCCAAGAAUCACGCACAGAGAAGAAGAAGUCAAAGUGCAUCUUGGAGAAACUGCAUUCCUACCAUGUGCAGCUGAGGCUUAUCCAGUGCCAUCCCAUAGAUGGUAUAAACAAGAAUCGGGACGGACGACAACAAUUGUUCCCAGUCAAAGAAUGUUCCUUAUGGGAGGAACUUUAGUAUUCCGCAGAGCCCUGGUAAUUGACAGUGGAAAGUAUGUGUGCCUUGUUAACAACAGCAUUGGCCAAGAACGAAUAGAAACGGAUCUGAUUGUUGUCGUGCCCAUUCAAGUUCGUGUGACUCCAACUCAACAAACGAUAUCCGUUGGUCAGGCGACUCACUUUAACUGCACUGUUUCCGGAUUCCCACUUUAUGGGAUCUCCUGGACAAAGAACUUGCGUCCGUUGGUGACGAAUGAGAGAAUCCGACUUCUGGGCACAGAUGUCCUGUCUAUUAGCUCGGUCGUCCGUGACGACAGGGGGAUCUAUCAGUGCUUCGCCCACAACAAUUUCGACUCUGCACAAGCCUCUGGAGCUCUACUUCUUGGAGACGAACCUCCUGUCUUGGAAGAACUCUUUUCCGAAAAGACGGUAUAUCCUGGUGUUUCCGUUUCCUUAAAAUGCAUGGCUACAGGAAGCCCUUUACCACAGGUGACUUGGAAAUUAGAUUCACUGCCGUUACCCGAACAACUUAGAUUUCGCGUUGGAGAUUACGUCACUCGGGACAGUAGAGUAGUCAGUUAUGUCAAUAUAACAGGCAUACAGGUUGAAGAUGGAGGACUUUUUUCGUGUACCGCGACGAACGAAGUAGGAUCCGUACAACAUUCGGCAAGGGUAAAUGUAUUUGGUCCACCUAUAAUAAGAUCCAUGCCUAAUAUUACUGCUUUAGCUGGUGAGAUAACUAUUUUGCCUUGCCCUGCUGGUGGAUACCCUCUAUCCAGUAUCACUUGGUCAAGAGAUUCUAGGCUUCUCCCACAGAAUCACAGACAACAAGUGUUUCCCAAUGGAACGCUUAUUAUAAAAGAAGUUAAUAAGAAAGCCGACGAAGGGAAAUACGCUUGUGCAGCUGAAAAUAAAGAAGGUGACAGAGCACAAAAAGAUGUAUUUGUACAAGUUAUGGUUGGACCUAAAAUCGAACCAUUUAAUUUCCCGAGUGAUUUAGAAGAAGGUAUGCGUUCGAUCGUGGUGUGCGCUGUUCUCUUUGGGGAUCCACCGAUUACAAUACAUUGGUUAAAAGAUGGUGCUGACAUACCUCUGGAGCUGCAGUCAAGAAUAGAAAUGAUUAAUGAAUUUACAUCAUUCUUAACUUUCAAUUCUGUUGGACCUCACCAUAAUGGAAAUUACACUUGUGUUGCUCGAAACCCGGCUGCCACAGUGAACCAUACUGCAUUAAUGGUCGUUAAUGUUCCCCCCUACUGGAGAACUCAGCCUACUGACCGCUCAGCUGUAAUGGGAGAGAGCCUCACAGUAGACUGUCAAGCCAACGGAUUUCCAGUCCCUCAAGUCAGGUGGAAGAAAAGCUACGGACUGAGCGGGAAUAAUGAAUACCGAACUAUUAUCAGUAAUCCUCACAUUCAGACCCUGGAGAACGGAUCUCUGGUGAUCACAGAACUGGAGCUUUCAGAUGCAGGUCAUUAUAUGUGCCAGGCUACAAACGGUAUAAGCCCGAGCUUAAGCUCAGUCGUUAAGCUCACAGUGCAUGUUCCUGCCCAUUUUAAAGUCAAAUUUCAAUCAGCAACUGUGCGUAAAGGAGAAACAGUUCACCUUAAGUGCAUAGCUUAUGGAGAAAAACCGUUAACUUUGGUAUGGACGAAAGAUCGGCAAAUAUUUAACAUGAGAUCCGAAUCAAGAUACAGCGAAGUUCAGAAAGAUCAAGACGAUGGUGUAAUAUCAGAAGUUACGAUCAUCUCCGCUGACCGAAGAGAUUCAGCCUUAUUCAGUUGCACUGCAUCUAAUGAAUUUGGAAGAGACGAGACUAAUUUUCAAGUAGUUGUUCAAGAGAGACCCGACAGCCCACGUAACAUAGAAAUCAAAGAACUGACCAGCAGAACUGUGAUUCUAACUUGGAUCCAGCCCUACAGCGGCAAUCUUCCUCUCACACGAUAUAUUGUGCAGCUCAAAAGACAAGAUGAACAAUGGUUGGAACAAACGAAGAGUUUAACUGUUCCAGUAACGGAAAGCAGUACGUUGAUUGGUGACUUGAUGCCUGUAACAACUUACAAUAUUCGAAUUUUGGCAGAAAAUUCCCUUGGACAAAGCAAACCAAGUGAACCAAUUACUGUCACGACUAAAGAAGAAG